AUGAGGGUAAACCACUCUGCUGCGGUCUCCUCCUUCUCUGAGACUUAGGUGGGGAAUAAGCGCGCCGAGCCUGGGAGGAUGAGGUGCCUGCUGUGGCCUGGAGGCUCUGGAGGGCUCCAUCUGCUCCUCUACUUCCUGCUGCUGCACAGUCGCCCAGGGGCUGCAGAGACAUUAGUGGCCACGAGCCCAAUGGUCAAGGUGAACAGGGAUUGGUGCUUUACCUCCAAAGUGGUUUCGAGGUUCCUGAAACAACAGGUAACCAACCCUGUCAAGAUGAGGGGCUCACUUUUUCUAGGGAGAUUGGAGUCCCCAAGGACCUGUUUAAAUGAAGAAGAGAAUGGGUAUUGA